AUGAGUGACAGUCUCUUCGUCAGUUUGGACAAACUUUUACUAGAAUUCGUUUUCCAGUAUGAUCAAGCUAUAAGAACUAAAGAAGAUAUGAAUCAACGAAUUAAUAAAUGCCUUGAAGAUAUUAAAGAGAACAAAGCAACUAUUUGUAAGAUACAUGAAAUUAUAAAUAAAACAGAUGAAGAAAUUGCUUAUUACUGUAAGCAUAGUAAGGACAUCAAAGAGAACUGUAAUAACUGGAAGCCAACAUGUGAUGUUUUUCAUAAACAUGAAGAUUAUAUGAAGAACCAGUUUGCUGCUUAUCGAGAAGCUCUUGAAAAAGACAAGAAAAUGUAUCAGGGCUAUAUAUGCCAGUAUAAAGAUGUCUUGAAACAAUAUCAACGAAAAUAUUCGGAAACACCCUUUUCACAUGAAUAUUAUAAGAAGAAAACAGAACAUGAUGAAAUUAAAAGCAGGUUGUUGGCAUGCUCUGAACAACUAGAACAUAAUGAAACUAUUUUUAUGGAAUUUUUAGUUCCUGCUCCCUUUCCAUCACUUUCUAAAUGGACAUUACAUAUGGUUAAUACGAGAAAGAAAACACAAGAACUUCUUAAACUUGCUAGUAAUUUUAGCAAAAGUUCAUCCGGAAUGAAAACAGAAGUAGAUGAAAUGGAAAUAGAAGUUAAUUACUUAAACCAGCAGAUUAUAAAACUUUAUGAAGCUAAGAAACUUUCAGAAACUAUGGAAGAAAAGAGUACUAUUACAGAAAAGAGAAAGGAUUUGAAAGAAAGAGUGUUUGAAAAGGAUGAACAUAUAAUUGUGUUGGAUAAAACCCAUCAAAACAAACAAUUAAUUAUUUCUUAUGAAUCUCAUAAACUAGUAAGACCAAUAAUGACGCAUUCUUCUGAACUAAGAGUUACAGAUAAAAAAGAAGAAAGUUCUGUGAAACUUGCCAAUAUUGACUUCAGACAAAAGGAAAAUGAUGCACUGAUAUUUAAUGACUCACCUGUGAAUAAUCAGUCAGAAUAUUCACACGUUCCAUCUAAUAAAUGUUUACAGAAUUUAAUGCGAUUCAGAUUAACACCACAGAAACAACAGUGGUUUGAAAAAGAAGAUGCAGAUGCUGAAUGUGGAGAGAAAUGGACAUCAAGACAAUUAAGAGAGGCAGAAUGUACUUCAUGUGCUACAUAUUCAGAGCACUUUGAGAAGCCAGAAGAAAAUAAAAAUAAUGAAGUAGAAGAAAUCUCUGAGAAUUUUCAAAAAACUGAAAAUCCUUUACCUUUAAGAACUUCUGAAACUGCAAAAGCACUUGAAUCUUUACAGAAAUUUCAGGAUCCUAAAACACCAUCAGCUGAAAUUAACAGAAAUAGAAAAAUAGUGCCUGAAGCUCAAACACAAAAAGAAUCCCCAGAAAUUUCUUUUCUUUUGAGUUAUACUUCUAGAUCUCCUGGAUUGAAUUUAUUUGAUUCUUCUAUAUUUGAUUCAGAAAACUCAUCCGAUCAGUUUAAUGAAAAUUAUUCUGCAGCAAAUUUAAAUCCUCUCUCAGCACAAGAAAUUGGAAACUUAUUUGAGAAACCAGAAGAAGAUGCUUUUAGAUUUUCUUUAUCAUUAGAUUCUUCAACUCAUGCAUUUGGGGCUGGAAAAGAUGAUUUUAGCUUUCCAUUUUCUUUUGGACAAGAUCAAAAUGUCACACAUUCUUCCUCUUUAAAAAAUGUUUCAUCUUCCUCACAAAAUACAACCCAAUUUCCCUUUUUUUGA